AUGCCCCGCGAAAACAGCUUCUCAGAUGCAGACGGUCGUUCUCUCACACCAGACCUCGACAAAGAGGCUGAAAACGACGAUCGAAAUCGAAAUCUGACUACAGCACCCUCACAACGAAUUCGCUCUGGUACCGCAACCACCACUACUUUCUUAACACCCAAAGACCGCUUCCGAGCCUGCGUCAAGAAAGUCAUCCACCUCCACCGCACGUCCACCUUCUUUGCUCGCUAUGGCAGCGCAGGCGCAGAACCGGGCGUCGAUCCACGUCGUGACUCCGCCUACCUACACUACGGACACAUCAGAGAGAACUGUAUCAUUACCCUCGUCGAUUAUUCGGCCAUACGGUCCUCCGUCGGUAGAAUGUCCAAUAGGGAGUUUGUGUCGCUGCUCACUGAUACACGGGCCGGUGAGAGGGAGGGCUGGGUCAAGGUACGGUGGAUUAACAUUUGUGGGGUCAGCUGGGACGUGAUAAGUGCGCUGGCGUUGCAUUACGACUUGCACCCCCUCGCCAUUGAAGACGUCCUCCACCGACGCGGUCGCGCCCGCUCAAAAGCAGACUACUACGCUAAACACCUCUUUAUCCAGGUCUUGAGCCAUACCCUGUAUGACCCCGACGCACCAGAGGGAUACGAGGCACUCGGAGACCUCACGGUCGAUUCAUCAGACGCAGAAGAUUCGACGCCGAACCCAGGUCUACUAGGCGAACAGAUUCGUAGAGAAUACUCCCCCGAACCGGUUUUCUUAACCGAAAAGGAUGACAGCACCCCAACGACUAGGUCACGUGCUGGUACCACAGGCACCUUCAGGAGAAAAAGCAGCACCAAGAGACGGCUGGCGCCGGGUGACGUGGAAGACAAGCCUGGUCACCCAAACCCAGUUUUGUCUGGGUCGGUCAUCACACGUAAGGAAUCUGUCGCCCGGAAGAGACGCGAAAAGGCACAACUGACACUCGAGGAACUUAAAAAAGAGGGCAGAGUACAUGUAAAAGUACAGCCCAUCUCCAUCUUUCUCCUCAGAAAUGGCACCGUCAUCUCCAUUCUCCCGCGAGACUGCGUCAGUUUUGCAGAGCCCAUCAUGGCACGACUGCGCCAGCCGGACACAGGUCUCCGGAUGUCUGCAGAUGCAUCCCUCCUAGUACAGAGUCUCCUUGACCUUGUGGUGGACUCUGCAUUCGAGGUCGUCGACGCUUUCCAUGAAAAGGUUCUCGAGCUCGAACACGACGUCUUGCUGAAGCCCAAUAUCAAGACCGUCUCGCGACUGCACAUCCUUUCGGGCGAUCUCACUUUGCACAGGCGGACGAUGGAGCCACUCAAAACACUUAUAUACGGUCUGAGACGGUACGACGAAGAUCGAUGUGCUGCGCUCAUCGAACCUGAGGAUCACCAGACAAAAAUCCAGGGAUUCAUGAGCCACAAGGCGAAAAUAUAUCUCGCGGACGUACACGAUCAUAUCGAGUAUAUCCUGUCCAAUAUGGAUACUUUUGCCGGUAUAGCUGAGAAUUUGAUCAACUAUACAUUUAAUCUAAAAUCGUACGAGAUGAACGAGACGAUGCGUCGUCUGACAAUGGCCACAAUCAUCUUUCUCCCCUUGACCCUUCUCACCGGAUACUUUGGCAUGAACUUCGAAGCCAUGUGGUCUGUUAAGUUCCAUAGCGACUUGUUUUUCUGGGAAAUUGCGAUACCUGUCAUGAUCGUCCUCAUCCCGUCGUUUUUGUGGCCGGAUAUUAGGCGGAUGUUGCAUUAUGUGCAGAAGAGAUAUGUAGAAAGAAGGCAGCGCACGGUGGGUUUUUGUUUUCUUUUGUCAUUCUGGAGGUUGUGUUGA